GGAAGGCGGUACUAGACGUGUCUGUGUUACCAAAAGAAAGAAGCCAAGGACUCGGAGCGGCCAUAUUAGACCUGAAAAAAAAGUAUCGUUCAGCCAGGGAGUUUCGGGCGUCUGCAGCCAUUUCCACACCUCAGCAUUAGCUAUCCACAACACACGCGUCUCGAGGGCAAAAAUGAAAGACACCAGCCGGAGCAGCACCACACCCAGCAUCAUCAGUGAUGACCUGAUUGUCAAUGGACAGUCCCACGAUGAGGACAACCCUUUCGCUGAGUACAUGUGGAUGGAGAAUGAAGAGGAGUUUAACAGACAGAUUGAAGAGGAGCUGUAUGAGGAGGAAUUUAUUGAGCGAUGCUUUCAGGAAAUGUUGGAAGAGGAAGAACAACAUGAAUGGUUCAUUCCAGCAAGGGACCUGCCACAGACCAUCAAUCAGCUUCAGGGCCAACUCAACGGGCUGGUCAUCAGCGAUUGCAGUGUGUUGGAAAGCCUUGCGGUCCACAGUAACUUAAAUCCAAAUGCGAAAGAGUUUGUUCCUGGGGUCAAGUACUGAAUAUCAGAAAGUAGGCCUCUCUUAGUGGAUGUAGGUCAACCUCCACACUGUGAAGCCAGUAUUAGAUGAUUCAUUGUGAAAGCUUCUCUUUGUCACUGUGUUACACUUAAUGCAUUGCCAAAGUUUUCAGUUAGUCUUGCAUGCUUAAAGUGCUGAGACUGUUAUUAAAAAAAAAAAAAAAAAAAAAAAAAAAAAAAAAGCUUUUGUUAGCUGAUACGUCUGAUUUUUGGGUAUUAUGAGACCAGUGAGUAAGAGGCACCAGUCAAUAACUGUGGUUACUUGUGCAAUCUAUGAAUCUCUUUAUAGUGUUGCCUUAAUGUAAAACAUGUCACUUCUUCAACGCAUGUUUUGGUGUUGUAUAAGUAUUUCAUAGAUGUUCAGAUAAAUGUAUGUACUUUUAUUAGUGAGUACAACAUGCAGAUUUGCAUUGCUUAUGAAGGCAUCUCUAAAGAGAACCAACCUGCAGCCCUUUUAUUUUUGUAUGUAUUUCUUUUUUCUCGCAGUAGGGGGAGGGUUAAGUCACACAGAUGCUGCAUUCUUUUGUGGUCAGUAGGUGGAGCAUUCUCCCCUUUUUUUUUUGUAGUUUUGUUUAUAUAAAAAUCAAGUGCCAGAAUGCUAGAGGGUUUUUUUUUUUUAAACCUAUUAUCCAAUUUAAAUUUGGUAAUCCAUGCAUAUAUUACAUAGAAAACAAAUUAAUUAAUAUUAUAGUGCAUGUUUACUGUUCUAUAGAUUUAACCAAUGCUUAUUGCUUUUUUUAUUAUGAGAUUAUUUCUCGUGUGGGAGGGGGGAAAAAAUAAAAUUGCUAUGUAACACAUCAGUUCAGUUACAUACACAAUGUUAGAUUGGGGUCUACCUGUAGUAUGUACUGGCUCUCCUUUUUUUUUUCUGCAAUGAGAUUUUACAUUGUUUGCACUUCUGCAGAAUGAAUCUACUUUUAUUUUGAAGCAGCUCUAUAUUUACGAGAGGUUUAAACAACGACCAGCAAUAAUAGCAGCACUGAUAAACAAAGUAUUAAGUUUUUAAUUACUUUUUUUUUUUUUGUCCUGUGUUUUGCCAAACUGCCAUUUUGACAACUGUUACCUGUAACUGGUGUGUUAUCUGAAAGACUGCUGUUUUAAAUACAAUGAGAUGGUUCUACAAACUAUUCCCUCUGCUUAAGAAUUGUUAUCGGAUAGUCCUUUAAGCAGCGUUCACCAGGUAGGUCAAUCUAAAGAGGAAAAGAUCUCUUGAUAUAAUACGUCAAUGAGGUAGAAAGUGAAUUUUUUUUCUGUUUAAGUUGAAUGGUGCCUCUGACUUUUUUUUUUUUUUUUUUUUUUUUUUUUUUUUUUUUUUCCUUCACAAAAACACUACAUUCAAAGUCUACAGCACAGAAAAGGAAAAAAAUCCUAUAUAAAAAAACUAUUUCAUAACCUGGUAGUUUUAUACUGCCACAUACAGUAUGUUG